AUGGAGACAGUAGUAGUGAUAGUAGGAGCAGGGCCUUCUGGUCUUGCAACUGCAGCAUGCCUAAAUCUUCACUCCAUUCCCAAUUUGAUCCUAGAAAGGGAAGAUUGCUAUGCUUCUCUUUGGCACAAAAGAACCUACGAUCGAUUGGGUCUCCAUUUAGCAAAAGAAUUUUGUUAUCUACCGCUUAAAUCCAUCCCUCCUGAUGCCCCCACCUUCAUGCCCAAAGAUUAUUUUCUUCGUUAUGUUGAUGCCUAUGUCUCAGAAUUCAACAUCAACCCUCUCUACCAUCGUUCUGUUGAAUCCGCAAUUUACGAUGAUGUUGGAAAGAAAUGGCGGAUUGAAGCUAAGAACACCAUGAAAGGAAGUACUGUUGAAGUUUACACUUCGGAGUUCUUGGUGGUGGCUAGUGGUGAGAAUAGCGAGGGUCAUAUUCCUUCUAUUCCUGGGUUGGAUAGCUUUCCAGGAGAGAUCCUCCACUCCCAACAUUACAAAUCGGGUUCGAGGUAUAAAUCCAAGGAUGUUUUGGUAGUUGGUUGUGGUAAUUCUGGGAUGGAGAUUGCCUAUGACCUUUCGGACCAUGGAACUUGCACUUCAAUCGUUGUUAGAAGUCCGUUUCAUGUUCUGACCAAAGACUUGGUUCAUCGAGGAAUGUCGUUGCUGAAUUAUCUCCCCGUUUACAUGGUGGAUAUCCUAAUCACAGUGCUUGCAAAACUCGAAUAUGGCAAUCUGUCCAGUUAUGGGAUUCAUAAACCGAAGAAAGGUCCAUUUGCAAACAAAAUUGCAACUGGAAGAUCUGCUGUUAUUGAUGUUGGAACCAUAAAAAAGAUUCAAAAUGGAGAGAUAGAGGUUGUCCCAGCUGGGAUUUUGAGCAUUAACAAGAACAAUGUACUGUUCGAAAAUGGCACCGAAAAACGGUUUGACGCGAUUGUUUUCGCAACUGGUUAUAGAAGUACUGCUAAUGAGUGGCUGAAGGACUAUAAGUAUGCUCUUAACGAUGAUGGAAUGCCAAAAAAUAGUUUCCCAGGACACUGGAAGGGAGAGAGAGGCUUAUACUGUGCUGGAUUCUCAAGGAGAGGACUAGCGGGAGUGUCAGCAGAUGCAACAGCCAUAGCCAAUGACAUUAAUAAGGUUAUGAUCAUGAGUGGUGGCAAAAAAAUCAAUUAA